UGAUAAAAGAUAUGAUACCGGAAGUGGCUGAAAUUGGUUCCAGUGAACUGCUUAUGUAUGAUACAGUUCUACCUUUAAUGGAAGAAAUAUUGGAAGCAAGUGGUGAUAAGGUAAAACUGAGACCAAAUUGCUUACUAAGUAAGCGGGAUAGUAAAGAAAUCUAUAUUCUGGAAGAUAUGAAUGCAUUGGAUUAUUAUGUUGCUGACCGAUGGUUGGGCUUAGAUGAGCAACAUGCAAUGUGUUUGAUGGGUAAAAUUGCGAAAUAUCAUGCAGCUUCAAUGGUGUUAAUACAAAAAUUCCCCACUGAGGUAAAAAAACUACCAGCUUCACACUUUGCUGCAGGAGCAGCAGAUCAGAUCGCCCAUUCCAUUGCAAUUGGUGGUUUGGAGUAUGUUGCAGAUUUUCUCAAAACCUGGUCAGGUUUUGUAGAAAUUUCGAGAAAAAUUUUAGCAAAUAAGACACAAUUCAAUGAAAAAAUAAAAUCAAUUGUUAAUCCGAAAAAUAGCAAAGUUAAUGUUAUUAUGCAUGGCGAUUUGUGGGUUAAUAAUUUUCUUUUCCGAUAUGAUAAUGACAAAAAGCCCAAUGACGUUGUGUUGGUUGAUUUUCAAAAUUGUUAUAUCGGUAGCCUCGGUAUCGAUCUGAAUUAUUUUUUAUAUACGAGUCUACAAUUGAAUGUAUUGAAAACCAAACAUUUGGAUUUAUUAAAACACUAUUAUAGUGUUUUAGAAGACACAUUGAGAAUGUGUGAGUAUCACGUAAUACCGAGUUGGGAAUCAGUUUUGGAAGAAAUACGUAGCACAGCAUUUAUGGGGCUUUAUGCUGCUGUUUGUGAGCUACCAAUCUGUUGUAUGGAUAAAAAAACACCUGAUGGAUUUACAACAGCAACAUUUAGUAAUCCAGAGGAAAUGGCUAAAAAACGAAAACUGAUGUACAACAAUGAAAGAGUAGUAGAGACAUUAAAGUACACUUUACAUUAUUUCAACAAUUCUGGUGUACUUGAUUAGUAACUAUAGUUAAUUUUAUUUACUA